UCCUGUAGGGAGACGAGUACUGCCGCAGAGGUAAUGGUGAAGACUGCUGCGCAUGAAAGAAAGCAGAAAGCCACGGAGGCAUCGACGAGUGCAAGCAAAGCAUUGGAUAUAGCAGGAAAGGCGGUGAAUCUAGCCAGUAUGACUCUUACGUUCCUUGAGGAGGCAAUAAAUGACGCUAGCGCAGCAUCACAUGCCGCAGAGACCAUAAUGCGCAAAGCUGAAUAUGUGCAAAAAAUAAUAGCAGGUGCAAUAAAGGAUGCGGAAGGAGGUUUGCGUCUGGAAAUGAUGAGGGCGGCAGAUAAUGCUCAGAAAGCAGCAGAUUAUGCUACAAAAAUGGAGGAAAAUACACAGAAGGCGGUAUCGAGCGGUAAGGACGCAUCGGGGAAGACAACCUCAGCGGGAAACCGUGCUGCACAAGUGGAAACUGCCGCAGCCAGGGCAAACAGCCAUGCUGAAAGUGCGAAACAGAGUGCAGGGG